AUGACGAGCUUCACUAUCUCAGAUGGCCAACUCGAUGGAUUGAAAGACCAGGUAGCUGUCAUCACUGGACUUGCGACGCUCCGAAGGAUCAUUAAGCACGGGGGCAAGGUCUUUGCUAGCGACCUUACCCCCCUUCCUGAGCCCGAAGCAUCAUCUGUCCCUUUCUUGAAAGCCGACGUCACGUCCUGGAAAGAACAACUCGACGUCUUCAAAGCAGCAGAGCAGAAGUACGGAAAGAUCGACCAUGCCUUUGCGAAUGCAGGAAUAGGAAAAUCAACAAGCUUCUUGGAAGAAGACGUGGAUGAGAAUGGCGACCUGCUCCCGCCGAAGAUGAACACCAUCAACGUCAACUUGGUUGGCGUGAUGUACACGGUGAAACUGGCCAUACACUAUCUCAAGAAGAACCCGAAUGGUGGCAGCAUCGUCAUGACAGCGUCGGGUUCGAGCUUCGCGCGGCUCCCUGCUGAAGAUUACACCACGGCUAAACACGGUGUCCUCGGCCUCCUACGAGCUCUACAGCCCCAACUCCAUCCUAGACUCCCCAUCCGCAUCAACGCCGUCGCCCCGUCCUGGACCGACACAGCGAUCGUGCCGCGCGCCAUGAUCGCUGCACUAGGCGAUAGCAACGUGCAGUCGGCAGAUGUUGUUGCCCGUUCUGUCGGUGUGUUGAUGGCAGAGAAGGAGCGUCACGGAGAGCUGGUGUAUAGCGCGUUGGGCAAAUUCGUGGAGAUGGAAUAUGGAGAGGCGGGUUUCCAUGCGCUUACGAAGCCGAUGAUGGAACUUGCUGAGGGUGUAGCCGUCAAUGUUUGA